AUGACUACUGGAGAGUUAACAUUAAAUCUAGGUGGAAAAUGUGAAGGUGGAUCAUGUAGUUGCACUAAGAGUGGCAAUGUUUCUGGCAUUACCGCCAAGAAGGAUUCUAAUCCACCAUCUGUAACAGGCUUUGUUGCAUAUACCCAUGAAAGCAAUACCCCUUUCAUCCUCAAAGGAGAACUAACUAAUGGUGAGAGACUAGGUGAUGGCGGAAAAGACAUAUUCAAUGUUAGUAAAGUAUCAGUAUAUUACUGGGAUGGAGAUAAAAACGAGGAAAAACCUCUUCUCAUUGAAGUUAAAAAGGCUUCAGGUGUACAGAAUACAGAGUACUACUAUAAUGACGGAGAUAAGGAAACUGAAGCACAGAACAAAGAUGCGACUACUUGGGUACAUCACGGAUAUGUGGAAGGAACAUCACUACAGACAAGACUUGAUGACCAAAAUGCUGUCAUAAACAACGUCAUACCAUUUAACAUUCAUAAUCCAGAAGAGCCUCUCCAUUUUAGUUCUCAUCGCACGAAAGGUAAAGGUAUAGAGUCUGCCGGGCAAGUUCCUCAACUUAAUGGAACAGAAUAUGUCACUACAGCUUAUAAAAUUAAUGGGAUAAAUGGAAACACAGGAAUUUCCCGAGUGGAAUAUGGAAAGAAGAUAGAUGGUAUCGAUAUUCCCUCUGAUCCUCUUAACAUAAUAAGGCUCUAUUCAUCAACAUCUGUCGACGGAAAUGCACCUCUCAUGUUUAACAUGAAACUACAGAAUGGAGAUUAUAGAUGGUACUUUAGCAGAGGUUCAAAUGGUACUAGCUGGGGAGAAACAGGCGGAGGUGGUAAUUUCUAUAAUCGUGAUCAGCCCACUGAAGAACUUGCCAAGCAGUUGGAUGAAUUUAUUUGCGAACACCAUAAAGGGGUUACUAUUGACUUAUCAUCUUCUAAAACUGAUGGAGACAAGUAUUGUUGUGAAGAACACGCAGGUAAGAAAAAAGGUAAGGGUGAUGGAAGAGUCUCCGUUACUCCCAUGACAGUUUCCUGCCCAACCCAUUCUAGCACCAGCCAAAUUUCAGCUUAUAAACAUUCCAUUACAGAUUCAAGUUUGAGACUUGCUGGCAUUAAGUUCUACAUUGACAACAACCAGAACAAAAGAAGACGUGUAACAUCUUCCAGCUUAAAGUUGCCUAUGGAUGGACCAGUUGACGUUUAUGUCUUUUACUGUGGUAAGAAUCCGGCUCUGGUAUAUGUUAGUUCAACUGGAGGCACUUCCCAAACUUCCGACUGGUUUAGGAAGAGCAAGACAAGUGAUACAAAAAGAUGGACAAAGUUCACGUUUUCUGGUGUAACACCAACUAAUAUUACUGACUGUAGAAACUGGAACAAACUUGUAGGAGUCUUUAAUAAACUUAGCUGUAAACAAUUCUCAAAAUGUCCUACAUCCUCAAGAGGACGUUCUGGUGAUAGUGAAGAUGGAUUACAAGACCUAAAUGAUAAAAUUAACUUGGGAUUAUCUGAGGAUGAAAUUGACCCAUCUCUAAAAGACACUGGUGGACCUUCCGGUGGUAAACCUGAUACUGUUCCUGUCGUUAGUGGUAGUAAAGCUGAAGAGCAAACUAUAGAAGGAAGCCCUGAAAUUAAAAAUCCCAAACAAAAUACUGAAGUCCCUGCCGCUGACUUAUCUGACCAGGUCCCUGGUACAGAGUCUGAGACAAAGAUUCUCAUACAAGGAACUCCUGUAGCUCAAAUGGCUGAAGAUGCCAUAGAUGGUGAAAGACUAAAACAUCUUAUUGUUACUCCUAGUGGUAAUGGAGAAGAAGCUGGAUCUCAAGAAGCUGAGGACGAUGAAGAUGAACAAAACUCUAAUACUGGUCAAAAUAUUCUACCUGAUGGACAAACUCCUACUCUUGCUACUCCUUUUGUUGACCUUGAUCUUUCAAACACAUCUGGAGGACCAUACUCUUCUAGAGGUGCUAAUGUAAAGAUGGCUGUUCUAGAUAGUAACAUAGGUGGUGGCUAUUACAGAUAUCAGAAUUCUCUGAGAGGUGGUAUAUUUAAGGCUACUGAAAUCAAGCAUGGAACUGCUCUAGAGGGUAUAACAUCUUCUUCUGACACCCUUUCUAGCAUCUUCACAAUUGCAUAG